AUGAAUAAUCAAACAAUAAAACAUAUGCAGAAAAUGGUUACGGGCGUUGAACAGCUGAUGCUGGAUCCUCAGUCACGUUUUCUCGAAAUGAAAUCUCUUCAGCCAUAUUCAACAACGGAUGAAUACUUAUAUGCAAUGAAAGAAGAUCUCGCAGAUUGGCUUUCAACGAUGUAUCCUGAAUGGCGUCCGAUCACUGCCGAUAACUUUGUUGAAUGUUUAGAAAAUGGUGUACUACUUUGUCAACAUGCUAACAAUGUCAAUAGUGCAGCACGUAAAAGCUAUUCUUCGAAAUUAUCACCGCCGUCGAUGUCAUUUAUAUUGGAGAAUUGUAAAUACCGAUCGGAUGCGCGUCCACAAACAUUUAAUGCUCGUGAUAAUGUUUCGCAAUUCAUCAAAUGGGCUCGUCGUGUCGGUGGCGUACGUGAAGUGUUAAUGUUCGAAUCAGACGAUUUGAUUCUACGAAAAAAUGAGAAAAAUUUCCUAUUGUGCCUCUUGGAAAUUGCUCGCUAUGGAGCUCAAUUCGGUGUUAGUGUACCGGCUAUCAUUAAAUUAGAAGAUGAAAUCGAACGAGAAAUCGAACGCGAUAAACAAUCCGAAAUUAUGUCAUUUACUGAAUUGAGACGUUUGCAACGAGAAGAAAAUCAAAAGAAUAAUUCGUUGUCGUCCUCACAUCUUGGAAAAUAUAGUAAAUUGCUGAAAUUCGUUCGACAUGAUAUUUCCGAUUCGAAUCAUCAUCAGGAAACAACGAAAAACAUCUAUAAUACAUUUUCUUUGUCGCAUUCGAAUGGUGCAAGUUGGCUACGGCAACGAAUAUCGCGCAUACCAAAAUUUACCACUCAUAAUAAUAAAAAACGACAUAACAGUGGGGAAAGUAAUGACAGUACAACAUGUAGUGAAGCGACAACAACAAUCGUCUCGACUAAGGAACAGUACGUUCCACAGAUUAGUCGAACUUUAGGUGAAGGAGAAAUGAAAAUUGAAACACCGACGAUCUCAUCACAGUUGCACAAAACAGUCGAACAGAUGACAAAUUCUUGUUGCUGUGCGCAACGUUUUCCUGUCAAACGUAUUGGCGAAGGCAAAUAUCGAAUCGGUGAAAGUGGAACAGUAAUUUUCAUUCGAAUCCUCAGGUAUCAUGUUAUGGUUCGUGUCGGCGGCGGUUGGGAUACACUUGAGAAUUAUCUUAACAAACAUGAUCCAUGUCGGCGCAUGGGUGGUCAUCGACGAUUAGAACAUCAUGAUCACCAUACAGAUAUUCCCAUCCGUGCUGUAUCAAAUCAGACGAAUUCUUCUGCUUUUUCAAAAACUAUUUCUCAUGGAAGAUCAGUAACACUGAAAACAGAAGACUUUCCAUUGACCAAACCAAUCUUUCACGAUGCAAAUCUGGCCAAUGCUCAAUUGGUUAUCACACGAGAUCCUGACGGACGUCAUCACAUCGGGCAAAUCACAUACAAAAGUGAGGAAAACCUCCACCUGCAACAAUCCUGCCGUCAUCAUCAUCAUCCUCAUCAGAAUCCACAAUCUCCCGUACCGAAAAUUCGAAGUGCCCGUGGUACUGGACAUUCAACACUCUCGCCAACAUCGUAUAAACAGUCUUCACCAAGUACAGAUCAAGAUUAUUCUUCUUAUUUACAAACGUUUUCAACCGAAACAAAACCAUCAAGUAUACUUCCGAAUGAAAAUCAAUCAAAUGGAUAUUGUCGGACGGACUUCGUUCUUCGACAACCGCCGACAUCCAAAAUGCUCAAUGAUAAUCACAAAGAAAAUCAACACAAUUCAAGAGCAACAAUCAAAAGUUAUAGAUCCGGAUUUGUUGAAUCAAUUAUCGAUAAUAUCGAUGGUUAUAUUACACCAAAUCUCGGCGAAUCCGAACAAGAUUUCGACAUCAGUGAUAUAGAUGAUGCCAUGCGAAGUCAUAAUCACGAUCACGAUACGACGCAAAUGGAUGAAGAUAGUUUAGAAAGUGCCGAAGGUGUGUUAGAAACAACGAAGCAUCCAGCAUUUGUACCGCCACCCACUUAUUCAGCAAAAACACCGUCGACGCCAAAAGCCAAGUCAGGUGGAAUAUGUACAGCACUUUAUUUAGCUCAAAAACAAAAGCAAAUAGCAGCUUUUCGAAAAACGCCGACGAUGACUGCAUAUUCACGUUCCAAUACUCUACCGAAUGUGAAUCAAGUAGUUAAAAAUGAAGAGAAACCUAUCAUUAAAACUCAUCGUAAACCGACUGUUGCGUCACAACGAUCACAAUCAACGGAUCUAUUCGAAAAGACUCCAUACAACGAUAUAUCAAAGCUUGAUCGAGAUUCUGGCUUCGAUGAACAAGAUUUUCGUUGUGAACGGCUACAUUCUAGUUAUGAUGAUAAUUCGAGUAUUUCAUCUUUAAAAAGUGCUCGUAAUUCCAUCGGUCGUUCAUUGUCAUCCGAUCUCAAUGGUCAAACCUAUCGAGAAAAUAAAGCCUAUGAAUUACGUUUGAAGGCUCUUGAUCAUACUCGAUUCAUGAAUGAGCAAUCAGCACAAGAUCCAAGAUUACAGAUUCGACGAAACUUUAAUUACUUAGCAAUACGAGCUAAAGAUACGAAUUGCGCAGCUACUCAUAUAUAUAAGAAAAAUGCACAUUUGAAUCUAUAUUUUAAAUGUUAA